CCCACGCCUUGGCAGGCCAUUUGGCAGUAAUACUUGGCAGUAACCACUAGUGCUGUGCUGGGGCGUGUUUGUCAGGAGGUUGUGCUUCAAAAGGUGGUAGAGAGAAGAAUGGAGGAACAAGGAAAGGUACAGUAAGCUGCAGAGUGCUGUGUAUCUGUCACUAUCGAGGGGAUGCCCUUUGCACCAUGAUUCCAGUGGCUAACUCACUUUAGUGGUGAGUUGUAUCUUGGCCUCAAGGCAUGUCAUGGAGCUGUGGCCACUGUGGAAACAACACCAGCAGACAGCUUAGCCUGUAUAUGGAUGGAGCGUCUCAGCAGGGAGAGGAACAGUUGAGCAUCUACCUUCACAAGAGGGCUGCUUUUCUACAUAGAGAGGACUGUUAGUCCAGCCUUAGGCUUUUCUGCUGUAUCUAAACAGAGCAGCCCAUUGGGGUCAUGUUUGAAAACAGCAACAACAGAGUAUCAAGUAGGUACAGAGGCUGAAUUCCCUGAAUUUCUGUGCAGAAGUUCACACCAGAGACCUGGACACUAGUUGGGGAGCUGGCCUGUGGAGACCAAGAGCUGCAACUUGAGAGUCAUGAGUUCUGAUUCGGGUCUGCACCUCUGCUUGGUUGAAGUGUUAAAUGUGUCAAGAAGACUGUGUUUUCUCCUCUUUUUUCUGUAAAAAGUACGUGAAAUCUUGUCUGCUUGAUUUCUUGUAUGUCUUUUUGGGACCAGGGCAAGUACUUUUCGCAUGACUGACAUGGUAAGUAAAACCUGUAUGGAUCUUGGGAGGAGCUCUUGGUCUGAAUGAUUCAGUUUUUGCUAUUUUGCUGUUGAUUUGAUUAUUUAUGUGAGAAAGAUCUGUGCUGUUCCUGAAAAUUUGCUAAUAAAUCCAUUAAAAUAUCCCCCCCCGCCCCCCGUCAAAACACCCUAACAAGAAACUAUCCUAUUUUAGAGGGCACGUUUACUUUUUCCCAUCUCUUAUUUGAAAUGUUCUUUUCAACAUUCCCUGCUUUGCUUUUUUGAAUAUCAUGUUUUAGUUUUUUAUUUUUAUUUUGGUUCACUCUGGCUUUGGUUUAAUUACCCUUUUAAAUGGAAACAUGUAACUGCAGGCCCAGUCCAUCAUUUGUAUUAGUUUUCAGCACUCUGAACUUGGGUGGGUUGGGCACGAUUGUUUUAGUUGCUACCAGGAUAAGACUGGUGAGAUCUUAAUCCCAGAGUCUUGAAGAGUUCUGUUACUGAGGUAGCAGCGACUGUUUACUAAAGAAAAUAACCUUCAUUUUUUCUUCUUGACAGAGGUAAAAAUUCAGAGAAGAAUUUAAGAAGUCAGGGCAAUAAGAUUAAUUUAAACAGUUAUUUCUGUGUGUUUAGUAUUGUCACUAGACUUAAAAAGACGAUAAAAAUUUUAACUGAUAAAAUUACAAAUCAUCCUUGUUUUCCUCAUAGAGCAUAUCAAAUUCAGAAGAAAGAAGCUAUAAACUUUAUAUCUAGCAUGUAUUUUGACUUUUAAGAAAAUCAGUUAAACUCUGUAUCUCACUGUAUUCUCUCUACAGUAUAUUGAAAUAAAGCUAUAUGUUGAUUUGCUCAUUUCAUUAGGAUUAUUAUCCUAAUGUUUUAAUAGGUUUUUAAAGCUCCUGAAGCAAGACGUUAUGAAAAUGCAAAAAACUUCAUAACCAAAAAAGUCUGGGAAAGUUAGUUUGUAUGCUAAUGACACCUCAUAUUUGCAUAGCUCUUUUAUCGCUACUGGCCACCUUUAACAUCAACUGAGUGGGCUCUCGCAAUGCUCCUGUUCGGUGGACAUCAUCAGUGGCCUCCAGUUUGCGGGUGAAAAAGUUGAGGCCCAUGUAAAAUACGCGUGGUCACACUAGACUUUGGCAAGGUUGGGCUUUGGACUCAGAUCUGCUGGUUCCUCUCCACGCCACUUGGGUACCUUCUCACAUUUUAUACGUGUAAAUUGGGAAGGUAGCAAUUCAUUUCUCUCUCACUUCAAAAAUAGAAACUCAGUAUCAUCAAAAGAUAAUCUUGGAGUGGCACUGUUUGAGGUGGUGAAUUGUUUGCUAGUUGAGAAACCAAAGAGUUGUUUUUCUUCUGUGAAAGGAACUGAAGUUUAACGCCUUGAUUGUGUGUUGCUGGCCCACUGUUACUUAGAAAAAUUAACUGCUCCACUGCUUAUUUUGAUAAGGCAGAGCAGCUGUUUGUCCUUGAAGUUUCAAAAAAUUAUAUUUAUGCACUAAAUUUAUUUGGCAAGUCAGACCUGUUUGUUCCAAUAAAGCAACAGUAUCUCCCCUGGCCAUUCUGGAAGCCACCUGUUGCUUUCAAGAGUUACAUGGAAGGGGCUGCUCCUGAGAUAUUAAAGACUCUUCAGAAUGUGGGGGCCACAUACUGGAGCCAUGUGACCCAGUGGGGAGCUGGUGCUGAUGAGGUCAAGGUCUCAGGCUGUCCUCCUUUGUGUAGGGAGCUUUGCAGAGAGCAGGACUCCACUCCAUAGUCCAAGUCUGCAUCCUCGACUUGGGCAGUGCCCACACAAAUGGGCAACUGUUGGCAAGGGCAUCUAUGUAUGUCCAUCCUGUCACCACACCCUCACCGUCCUUAGCUUAUAGUCUUACCACUUGUGUCUUAGAGAAACCCUUUAGCCUUUGUCUUGAGACCUGUACACUGGUUCUCCUCUGUUAAUUAACAGGCAGGGAGCUGCCUCUCCUCCCAGUUGUCCCUGCACUCUGGAUCGCAUCCUCUCCCUCCUGUGUCUUUAACUUCUCUGUCUGUGCCGUGUUUCCCCCAUCAGCCUGUAAGCAUUCUCACAUUCUAAAAAAACAAGACAGGUAGCAGUAGCCUCUCUCUACCCUUCUCAGCUCUCUCUUCAGCUACCUCCUAAACUCUCUUCUCCCUGUUUUCAGCUGUAUCUAAAGAGUGUCUGUGAUCUCCUUCUGCAUUUGCUUUCCUUCCAUUCACCCCUCCACCCUGCCCCGCUUGUGAAGAUCAUCAGGGCUGUCUGUGCCACACAGUGAAUAGGUCUCCUUCUCUCAUUCCAUGCCUCAUUCUGGACAACUUGUUCCAUAGCCAUAGCUGCAGUUACCCAUGGAUUCACUGGUGACUCUCACAUUGAUGUUUCCAGCUCAGAUUUGCCUUCUGAGCCCAGACACUGCUGUCUGCUCUGCAUCCCCUCUAGCAUGCCCCCAGCCAUCUCACUACAGUGUAUUCACAUCCAACCUUCCCUGUCUUAUCCUGCCCCCUCCUACUAUCUGGUCCUUUUCUGAAGUUAUUUAGUUUGACAAAUGACACCACCAUCCAUUCUCCUUUAUGGCCAUUGAAUCGGACUGGAUGAAAGAGAGAGUUGUUUUUUUAAGGAGUUGGCAAGGUUAAGAAAUUAUAGCAAGCUCUUCUUUCAUAAGAGAGUGCAUUUACCUUUUUGAAGAGAAAUGAUCAGUUCUGAUAGGGGCUGCUAUUAAAAUUAAACAAUUGCGUGAUUUCCAUGCAUUUACCUUUUUCUAAGAGAAAUGAUCAGUUCUAAUACAUGCUGCUAUUAAAAUUAAACAAGUGCAUGAUUUCUAUAGCAAGAACAUGGGCUGAACUGAAUUAAAGUGAUUUAACUCUUAAGUGUAACUUUGUCUCUAAAAUGCUUUGGGGCCAGGCACAGUGGCUCAUGCCUGUAAUCCCAGCACUUUAGGAUGCCAAGGCAGGUAGAUCACUGAAGGUCAGGGGUUUGAGACCAGCCUGGCCAACGUGGUGAAACCCUGUCUCUAUUAAAAAUACAAAAGUUAGCUGGGCAUGGUGAUGCGUGCCUGUAAUCCCAGCUACUCAGGAGGCUGAGGCAGGAGAAUCGCUUGAACCCGGGAGGCAGAGGUUAUAGUGAGCUGAGAUCAUGCCACUGCACUCCAGCCUGGUAGACAGAGCUACACUCCAUCUCAAAAAAAAAAAAAAAAAAUGCAGUGCGUGUGUGUGUGUGUGUGUGUGUGUGUGUGUGCGCGCGCGCGUGUGCAUGCUUUGGAAGGAAUCAUACAAGUAUGUAGGUGUUAGUCUGCCUCUACCCUCAACCUUCAUUAAUCUUUGAGUCUCUUACCAUCAUUUGCCAUGCACUGGUUCAUUUGAAAUACAAAGCAAAUGUAAUUGGGAUCUGGCUCAGAAGCAUUUGUUUUUCGUAGGAAAGGUGUUAUAAGUUAGGAAUUGGGCAUAUUUGCAUGCCAGAGAGGGACGAUUUUAAAGUAUUUUGAAAAGGAGUAUUCAAGUGAAGCAAUUAUUUUCUUUUAAGGUUUAAUUUCAACUGUGAUCAUCUUUAGACUGGGAUAUCAGUUCUUAUCCUGGUAUCCAUGAUUAAUAACUUUUUCCCAUUGACUUUUCUUGUUAUUUUGAAGUUUAUUUGAAAAAAAUUAUUUUUUAUGCCGAAGAUGUUACUAAGGUAUUUUGCUGCAGGCGAAUAUUGGGUAGGAUGCAUUGAUACUAUGCGUGGUCUGUAAGUUGCUAUGGGGGUGACUUUCAUGUUAUGGAACUGAUUUAGUUCUUGUUCGACAGGCACUGAAACAGGCCUGUCCUACCAUGUGGUCACAGAUAUCUGUCUCUUAUAUUGGAAAAAUACUAAGAAAGCAAAGUACACUGGAGCUCCUGCCCUUAAAUUUUACUUUCAUUGCUCAAUAUGAUAAGGCACAAAAGCCCCUGUGCUGGUUUUACAGCAAGGUUCUUGCCAGUGAAAGUGUGGAAUCGGUAGGAGUUCUGAUGUGCCCAGCAGUGGGUGCUCAGAUGUAUGACAGGACAGAGCCCCAAUGGUUCAGCAAAGUCAUGUGUUAUAUGGUCAAGUGGGAGAAGUCACACCUAACUGGAGAAACCCUGUGAAGCUUUAUUUUUGGGAAAUGGUCAGGUUGGUUUUGUGGCUGAGUGUAGAAGGAAAGGUUUGAAGCAGUUUCUGGAACAUGGUAUCAUACACACUCAAGGUUGCUGACAUUUCUUCUAAUAUUCUUAAGCAGGUUUUGGCAGACAGGUCCCUUCAGCCUGCACCUGGGUGAGCCCACUGGCAUUCUUCAUUACAAUCACAUGUUAGUUUUCGUUGAUUAUGUGCGUGUGGAGACUAUCAAAAAAAUUCAGCUUUUGUGAUCUUUUUUCAGAAGUACAGUGGCAAUGGAUAUCUUUGAACUCUAACAUUGUGAUGGUAAGAAAACUUUAGUCCUGUGAAGGAGGAGCACCUAGAUGUUGGGUAGCUAAUCUGGCUUUGCUGUUUUGGUGAAAAAAGUCGCAUGUGUUGUGGGAACUUGGAGCUUUCUACAUCCCUGCUUAGUUUUGUCAAGUCUGCUGGCCAGUAAUCCUGAAAAACAUUUGAUGCGUUGACUGCCCGCACAGUUGUCAAUUUGGCCAGAGUCAGAAACAUGAAUUUCACUCCUUAACCUUUUCAAGAGAGCUUGACACACACACACACACACACACACACAAAAAGCAAACUUUGGAGUUCAUUUUGUUAACACUUACGUUUACUGGUUUUCUAGAGAACCGGUUUGGGGUAUGUGUGUGUGGCGGGGGUGGGGAGAGAAUGCUUGUGUUUUAAAAAAGGGAAAACUGUUUUCACAGGGAGGAGUUUACUGGUGGGUUGGCUUAUUUGGUGGCUCUCUGCCCUUUGAAUGAGACCUGUCUUUCAAUUCAAGGCUUUGCCAUCAACAUGAUGUGUAUGCUGCUGAAAAAGUAGGAAUGCUUUUACCCAGCUGCCAUCCUGGAAGCACAGCCUGGAAGCAGACAACCAAGUGCGUCUGCUGGCCAGUCAGGAAUUGAUAUGGUUUGGCUGUGUCCCCACCCAAAUUUCAUCUUGAAUUGUAGUUCCCAUAAUCCCUACAUGUCAUGGGAGGGACCUGGUGGGAGGUAAUUGAAUCAUGGGGGCGGUUACCUCCAUGCUGUUCUCAUGAUAGUGAGUGAGUUCUCAUGAGAUCUGAUGGUUUUAGAAGGGGCUUUCCCUCACCUUAGCUCUGUACUUCUCCUUGCUGCUGCCAUGUAAAGAAGAAUGUGUUUGCUUCCCCUUCUGCCAUGAUUGUAAGUUUCCUGAGGCCUUCCCAGCCCUGCAGAACUGAUGGUACAAAACAGAAGAGGGAACGGAAAAAGACAGUCUCAUUCAGCAGCAUGCCAACAGAGAAGAAGAUCAGCAGUGCAAGUGAUUGUAUUAAUUCAAUGGUUGAGGGUUCAGAACUCAAAAAGGUUCGCUCCAACUCUAGAAUUUAUCAUAGGUACUUUUUACUGGAUGCUGACAUGCAGAGCCUAAGGUGGGAGCCAUCUAAGAAGGAUUCUGAGAAAGCCAAGAUUGACAUUAAAUCCAUCAAGGAAGUGAGAACAGGAAAAAACACAGACAUAUUCCGCAGCAAUGGCAUUUCUGACCAGAUAUCUGAAGAUUGUGCGUUUUCCGUCAUAUAUGGAGAGAAUUAUGAGUCACUGGAUUUGGUUGCCAACUCCGCAGAUGUUGCAAACAUCUGGGUUACGGGACUGCGGUACCUAAUUUCUUAUGGAAAACAUACACUUGAUAUGUUAGAAAGUAGCCAAGAUAACAUGAGGACUUCUUGGGUUUCACAAAUGUUUAGUGAAAUCGAUGUAGAUAACCUUGGACAUAUAACUCUGUGUAAUGCUGUGCAAUGUAUCAGAAACCUCAAUCCUGGUUUAAAAACGAGCAAAAUUGAGCUUAAGUUCAAAGAAUUGCAUAAAUCAAAGGACAAAGCUGGUACCGAGGUCACAAAGGAAGAAUUUAUUGAGGUUUUUCAUGAGCUUUGUACUAGACCUGAAAUUUAUUUCCUUUUAGUUCAGUUUUCAAGCAAUAAAGAAUUCCUUGAUACCAAGGACCUUAUGAUGUUUCUUGAGGCAGAACAGGGUGUGGCACAUAUAAAUGAGGAAAUAAGCCUUGAAAUUAUUCACAAAUAUGAACCAUCCAAAGAGGGUCGGGAAAAGGGCUGGCUCUCCAUAGACGGGUUCACUAAUUACCUUAUGUCACCUGACUGUUAUAUAUUUGAUCCAGAACAUAAGAAGGUCUGUCAGGAUAUGAAGCAACCUCUGUCUCAUUACUUUAUAAACUCAUCUCAUAAUACAUACUUAAUAGAGGAUCAGUUCCGAGGUCCCUCCGACAUCACAGGAUAUAUUCGAGCUCUUAAAAUGGGUUGCCGGAGUGUUGAAUUAGAUGUAUGGGAUGGGCCGGACAAUGAACCUGUAAUUUACACAGGCCACACCAUGACCUCUCAGAUAGUUUUCCGCAGUGUCAUUGAUAUUAUUAACAAGUAUGCAUUCUUUGCUUCAGAGUAUCCUCUUAUCUUGUGUUUAGAAAACCACUGUUCCAUUAAACAACAGAAGGUAAUGGUUCAGCACAUGAAGAAACUUUUAGGAGACAAGCUCUAUACAACAUCACCCAAUGUUGAGGAAUCUUAUCUACCAUCCCCAGAUGUCCUGAAAGGGAAAAUACUAAUUAAAGCAAAGAAGCUGUCCUCAAAUUGUUCUGGGGUAGAAGGAGAUGUUACUGAUGAAGAUGAAGGAGCAGAAAUGUCUCAGAGGAUGGGAAAAGAGAACAUGGAGCAACCCAAUAAUGUGCCUGUAAAGCGAUUUCAGCUUUGUAAAGAACUGUCUGAACUGGUCAGCAUCUGCAAAUCAGUUCAGUUCAAAGAAUUUCAGGUGUCAUUUCAGGUUCAGAAGUACUGGGAAGUCUGUUCCUUUAAUGAAGUGCUUGCCAGCAAGUACGCCAAUGAAAAUCCAGGGGACUUUGUAAAUUACAACAAACGUUUUCUUGCUAGGGUUUUUCCCAGUCCAAUGAGAAUUGAUUCCAGUAACAUGAAUCCUCAAGAUUUUUGGAAAUGUGGUUGCCAAAUUGUAGCCAUGAACUUUCAGACACCAGGACUGAUGAUGGACCUGAAUAUUGGCUGGUUUAGGCAGAACGGAAACUGUGGCUAUGUCCUCCGGCCAGCCAUCAUGAGGGAGGAGGUCUCCUUCUUCAGCGCCAAUACAAAAGACUCUGUCCCAGGGGUCUCACCUCAACUUCUUCACAUUAAAAUCAUCAGUGGGCAGAACUUUCCCAAGCCCAAAGGAUCAGGUGCCAAAGGUGAUGUGGUAGAUCCUUAUGUCUAUGUUGAAAUCCAUGGAAUCCCUGCUGAUUGUGCAGAACAAAGGACAAAAACAGUGCACCAGAAUGGAGACGCUCCCAUUUUUGAUGAAAGCUUUGAAUUUCAAAUCAACCUGCCUGAACUGGCCAUGGUGCGCUUUGUAGUGCUGGAUGAUGACUACAUUGGGGAUGAAUUCAUCGGCCAGUACACAAUUCCCUUUGAAUGUUUACAGACGGGCUACCGCCAUGUCCCCCUGCAGUCCUUAACUGGAGAGGUCCUUGCACAUGCUUCUUUAUUUGUCCACGUGGCUAUUACUAACCGAAGAGGAGGAGGGAAGCCUCAUAAAAGGGGCCUUUCUGUGAGAAAAGGGAAGAAAUCCAGGGAAUAUGCAUCUUUGAGAACACUGUGGAUUAAAACUGUGGAUGAGGUAUUCAAGAAUGCCCAGCCCCCUAUACGGGAUGCCACAGAUCUGAGAGAAAACAUGCAGAAUGCGGUGGUGUCAUUCAAGGAGCUGUGUGGCCUCUCCUCUGUGGCCAAUCUCAUGCAGUGCAUGUUGGCGGUGUCUCCCCGCUUUCUGGGGCCCGAUAACACACCCCUAGUGGUCCUAAAUCUCAGCGAGCAGUACCCCACAAUGGAGCUGCAGGGAAUUGUGCCGGAGGUUCUGAAGAAGAUCGUAACAACUUAUGACAUGAUGAUUCAGUCCCUCAAGGCGUUGAUUGAAAAUGCAGAUGCUGUAUAUGAAAAGAUCGUACAUUGUCAGAAGGCAGCCAUGGAAUUCCAUGAACACUUGCACAGCAUAGGCACCAAGGAAGGUUUGAAGGAAAGAAAACUACAAAAAGCAGUGGAGAGCUUUACCUGGAAUAUUACCAUCUUAAAGGCUAAAGAAGACAAAGCUCGUGGUUAUAUCAGUAGAUGCAAAAAAAAUUUUGACAAAAUUCAAUUCCCAUUCGUGAUGAAAAUUCUCAGUGAACUAGGAAUAGAGAGGACCUUACUCAACUUGAUAAGGAACAUCUACAAAAAUCAUACUGCUUACAUCAUAUUUAAAGGUGAGAAACUGAAAGCAUUCCCGAUAAGAUUAGGGACAAAGCAACGAUGUUCUCUGACACCACUGCUUUCAACAUUGACCUGGAAGUCCAGUCCUACAUAAUGCAGAAAGACAAGAAAAUAAAAUAAAAGGUAUAUAUCUUUUUUUCUUUCUUUUUUUUUUUAUACUUUAAGUUUUAGGGUACAUGUGCACAUUGUGCAGGUUAGUUACAUACGUAUACAUGUGCCAUGCUGGUGCGCUGCACCCACUAACUCAUCAUCUAGCAUGAGGUAUAUCUCCCAGUGCUAUCCCUCCCCCCUCCCCCCACCCCACAACAGUCCCCAGAGUGUGAUAUUCCCCG